AUGGCCACCCGCUGGGGCAUCUGCUCCGCCGGCAAAAUCAGCCACGACUUCCUGGUGGCCCUGAAGACCCUCCCGGCCACGGAGCAUCAGGCUGUGGCCAUCGCCGCGCGUGAUCUCUCCCGGGCUCAGGAAUAUGCCCAGAAACACGGGAUCCCCCGAGCGUACGGGAGCUACGAGGAGCUGGCGCGGGACCCCGACGUGGACGUGGUCUACGUGGGGGUCAUACACCCCGAGCACCUGCCCGUGGGGCGGCUUUUCCUGGGGGCCGGGAAGCCGGUGCUGCUGGAGAAGCCCCUGGGGAUGAACGCGGCGGAGGUGAGGGAGCUGGCGCAGCUGGCCCGGAGCCACGGGGUCUUCCUGAUGGAGGCCUACUGGACCCGAUUCUUCCCAGCCUCGGAGCGGCUCCACUCCCUGCUCUCCCAGGGAGCGCUGGGGGAGCCGAAGGUGGUGAGGAUCGAGUCCGGGGCACCUCUCUCGGGCUGCCCCCGGGUGGUGCAGAAGGAGCUGGGGGGCGGCGCCCUGCUGGACAUUGGCUGCUACUGCGUCCAGUUCGCCACCAUGGUCUUCGGGGAGGAGAGACCGGAGUCCAUCCUCGCCUCGGGCUUCCUCCAACCCACCGGCGUUGAUGAAACGUUGUCCAUCAUCCUGAACUACCGGGGGAAGCGCCAGGCCGUGAUCACCUGCUCCAUGCUGACCUGGCUGCCCAACCAGGCUGCCAUCAGUGGCACCAAGGGCAUCAUCCAGCUCCUGUCCCAGAUGUGGAGCCCGACUGAGCUGGUGGUGAAUGGGCAGCAUGAAGAGUUCCCCCUGCCGCCCCCCCCCUCCCAGCCCCUCAACUUCUCGAAAAGCACCGGGCUUCGUUACGAGGCCCAGCACGUGCGCCAGUGUCUGCUGAAAGGCCUGAAGGAAAGCCCCCUGGUGAGCUUGGCUCACUCCGAGCGGGUGGCCUCCAUCCUGGAUGAGGUGCGGCGGCAGGUCGGGGUGACGUACGCCCAGGAUCGGGCCUGA